GUCAUAUGUGCCCCUCUCCCUUCUGCUGCAGAAGAUGUUUGCUCCCCUGGCUGUUCACUGUUUUGGACAGAGCUUCUUGUCUGACCAUCCGAUGUUCUGAGCUGCCCCUGGAGAUCACAGGCCCCUGCACUGCAACCGCUGUCUUGCUUCUCUGGCGAAGCGUGGCGGCCCAGCGAGCCGAGAAGAUGGACUCAUGCCCCAGCUCUUUGGAACUGCUUGGGAUGCUGGUGUUUGUUGGAGCGUGGCUGUGUGCGCUGGCCACCACCAUCUUACCUCAGUGGCUGACCAUGUCCACCAUGCUGCUGCCUGUGGAGAGCUAUGAACUGGGCCUUUGGGAAACAUGCGUGGUUCAGGACGUGGGCGGCAUGGAGUGCCGAGGCUACGACAGCCUGUUGGGCCUUUCAAGUGACCUGAAGCUGGCCCGAUGCCUCAUGUGUGCGUCUCUCGCGGUGGGCAUGCUGGGAAUCCUGGUGGCCGUACCUGGUCUCCACCUGGUGAAGAGCUGUAAAGACCACGGAGGCCAUCACACCAAGAAGACUUUCACCAUCAUCGGCGGAGUGCUGGGGAUGAUUUCUGGAGUCCUGUGUCUGAUCCCCGUCUCUUAUAUGGCGCAUUUGGCCGUCAUGCAUUUCUUUGACGAUAAAGUGCCCGACGUGGUGCCGAGGUGGGAGUUUGGAGACGCCCUGUUCUGCGGCUGGGCGGCCGGGUUUCUUCUCAUAGUUGCAGGAGCGCUACUGGUCACCUCCUGUCUGGGUUCACAGGUGGAGCCCCAGCCCGCGCGGCCACAGAGGUACCACGGAGUGAAUGCGGCGGUUUCCUUCAGGAAGCGCUCGGAGUACGUCUGAGGGACUGAGAGUCUCAUCCCAGAAAUAUCUGUGACAGAAACAAAGACGUCAGCCGUAAAUAUGUUUUUGUUUCAAGAAUCCACAAUAGCAACCGACUGCUACAUAUGUGCACAUAGAGUUUUGGUCAUUCACCUGAUUUAAAUGGGUCUGUAAUUCCAUUCCAGUUAGGAAAGCAACUCAGUAUUUUUAGCCUUCAAAUAUUGCGGUGGAGAAGAUGCACAUUAUAGAAAGCGCGAUUACAUUUUUUUAACAGUCAAACAACUUCAAGUAUUGGCUGUAUUAGCUAGAAUGAAAAUCACACUUCAAUUGUGCCUGACCUUGCAGUAGAGCGGCAAUUACUGAACAUUGCUGUAUUACCGUGAAACAAGAGAAUGGAUGUAGGUACCUCAAAUGCCUAAAACAUUUUGUUUUAAAUACAACAACAACAUUUUCACUCUUUGGCAACCAACUUCAGAAAGUUAAAAUGGUAUGCUAUGCUAGCCACAGGUAGCCAUCAUGGCGUCAUCGCUAGCACGUAGCAAACAGGCUCCUAUGAACUUUAUAAAAGAGAAAUUGUUUCUUCUUAGAAAUAAAACUAGAACGGUGGCGUGAAAUAGCAAAGCUUUGACAAUAGCCUUGUGCUGUUUAGCCAAGUUCGCACAGUUAGCCGCUGGCAUAUAGCACCUUUACGCUUUAAGAUGUAAAAAAAAAAAAAAAAAAGAAAAAAAGAAAUCUAAAAUUGUCAUAUACUCAUUUCUCCAGCUACAUAUUUAUUUCAAAGUCCAAAACAGGAAGUGAAGGUGAGCCAUCACAAUAACCGUUGCUGACGGUUGCCUGAAGAGUUUGAUGGCGUCCUAGUAGUUUGUUAGGGUGGUGCAGCAUACACGAAUGUCUACGCGUCUCUUGUUCGCGGCUGCGUCUAUUGAUUGAAAUGUGCUGAAUAGGAUGUUUCUCUUGUUUCCCGACCACGGCUUCCUACCUGCCCAGCUAUUAGUCACAUAACCCUGCGGUCUAUUUCUGGUCUCCUGGUCGCAGUCCAGCUGGACCGCCUGCUGGGCGCCGACUGUUUAUGAGUGUGUGGUGCUGGUCCGUCAGGUGUGUGUCUGCAGCAGUGGAAACACAGCUGGAGACUAAUUCCAUCAAAUUUCCUGGUCGCUCACUGAGCUAAGCUGUGUUUAAUGAAGGCUUUAAUGGGCAGCCGGUGCUGUCAAGAAUGCAGAACAGUUUGCCCUCGCAGCUCCUGCUCUGACAUCAUUAGACACAUUUGACAAAGCACGAAGCUUCCAGAAGGUCCCUCCCUCACCUGAAGACCCGUGGCAAGAGGAGCACUGUUCACCGUGGAAGACAGUGACUUGGACGUCCACUGCUGUGAAGGGGGACUGGUGGUCUCCGAGGCUGACGCCACACAGGCUGAGGGCUGGCCUGCCGUCCCCCCGGCGCGAGGUCAGCAGUCAGCAGGGAGGCAGUGAAAACAACUGCAGAGAUGUUCCACCCGAUUACUGUGAAGACCCUGAAUGCCAGAGCAACGAUGCUAAACACGAAGGAAAUGACUCCUCUGUUCUGCCUCAAUGUUUGCAUCACUGCAGCAAGUGUCCAUUGACUGGGUGGGACACGAUCCUCGCCAUCACAUGUUGGACUCGAUCAGUCGGGAUGGCUGCAGUGACAACGCUUAUCUGCCUUUCACCACUCCAGAUGUGUAUCAAUCAAGAUAAAAAGUUAACACCUCCUCAAAACGCUAUCUUGAACUGAGCUCUGGAUUCUCAUGAUUAUCGUCCUGAUGUCAUAAAAAUGUGUCAGCGUUUUUUGACUCUUUAUAUUAAAAGGUUGAAUGAAACAGAUUGAGCUUGCGCUGUUUUUCAUGUGAAAACACAAGAUUGUCACAUGGAAAUCAUAGGUUUUCACAUAAGAUUAGAUAUAUUAUACAUCCACCUAUAUAUAUAUA